UUUACACGAAGUGGAAGCCAAGGGUGCCACUCUGCAUCCUGGCUCUGCCACCCUGUCUCCUCCGGCCCGUAGUCCAGUGGCCUCUGACCAGGGCCUGAGGAUGCGGCAGGCCCAGGCAGGCCAUGCAGCAGCCCAAGUCAUCACUGUCCUGUCCGCCCUGUGGCAUCUGACAGGCCCUAAUGGUCCUGCUGAGUUGGGCCAAGCCGGGGACACCUGAGCUUAGGAGCUACCUGAUGCUGUGCCCAGCAUUUGGGACCUCAGUUUCUCUAUUUGGCCUACAAGGGGUCCGUUCCCUCCCUUCCCCAAACUAUGAACUCUCCAGCCUUAGGGGAGAGGCAGAACUGGGGAAGGGGAGGCACGGAGGCAAGGGGCCUCCGAGGUAGGCCCUGCCUUGCGGAAGGGGGUCAAGCCAGCCCAGGGCACCAGACCCUCUGAGGAGCCAUAGUGAGCGUGGCAAGGAUACAGAUCCCUCCCUGUCCACACGUGUGCUCUCGUAUCCCGGAAAGCUGCCUCCACCUCCCACUCCAGCCUUUUCCUUCCUUUGGCUGUGUCCAGGGCUAAGAAUAGGCACCCCAGGCUCGGCGGAAGCCACAGCCACAGGGGGUACGUCCUGAGCCUCGCUGCUGCCCUGAGCCCAGCCGCCCGCAGCCCCUGCACAGUGCGUGAAGUUGGGAGCCAUAGCUGCGCACCCAAAGUGGUCGCACAGUUGUAGCCCCAGGCCAUAUCUGAUGGCCCUGUGGCCUCCGCAUUACAUUCCAUCUCUGCCUCAGUUUCCCCAUCAUGCUGAGCUCUGUCCCCUCCAUGGUAGAAGUGACAACAAAGUUGAAUGUUCUUUGACUACUCCCUGGUUCUCCAGGCCGGACAUGUCCUUAUCUCAGGCCAAGGGAGAGGAAGAGUCAGCGGCCUCCCCGCCCCCACCCUGUCCACAGUGAGAGCCCCGAGCACAUUCUCUUCCCACCACAAGGCAUCGCACCCCCACCACCAGACUUUCGUGCCAGCUGGUAGCCCCGACCAGAAGGCUUGUGCAUCCCCCAAAACUCAAAUCCUCAGGCCCUUUCCCCACAGCGCUGAUUCCUAGCCUAAGGCUGGGCAGGUGGGGACAUGUAUGUACUCAGCAGCCCUAAGCACAGAAACCUGGGGAAAUGGAUAGGCAAGGGCAGGCCCCGCCCGGAGGCCAGAAGAAAGGCCUUGGAGCCUCUGAGGCGCCUCACCAGGGAAGAGGCAAGUUAGGGUGCAGGGCCCCUCAGGAAAGCUGGGGGCAGGGCACAGACAAGGGGGCUUCCGGCUCCUGCUGGCAGUCCGGUUGAUCCUGGGUGGGGCGGGGUCAGAGCAAGGCCAGGCAUCCUGGUCCAGGUCAGGGCAGAGGAUCACCACACCACCCGGGAGCCACAAUGCAGAAGACCUGUAGCCCCGCCCGGCCCCGGCAACCCAGGGCUGCAGUGGCCUUCCCCUUAGCAUCCCUCCCUCACCACGUGCACCCCCUCCCUCAGCGCCCUGGCCCCUGCCGUCAGGCUGGAGCUGGCCGCCCCAGCCCCCUCGAGGGUUAGGCAGUGCUGCGCCAGGACUGGCUCCAUCUGGCCGCUCAGCUUGUCCCACACGGGGCCUGGGCCUCAGUUCCUGGCCUUUCAACCACCGACCCUGGUUCCCUGCCGGGUUCCCGCCCCAGGACAGGGGGCGGGGUCAGCACGGGGGGCGGGGUUGCCGAGAAACAGGCAGAAAGAUAGAUGGAGACAGGGCGUGGCCUCACUGCUCCAUCCCCCAGGCCCUGUGCCCCCUCCCGGGAGUCCCCAGCACUCCGCCAUCCACCCACAGCCCCAGGGCUUCUGUUGGGGCCUGCCUUCAACCCGCGUGACUCGGUUUCCCCAAAGGACUUAGCUCCCUGCCUGGCCUGGGACAGCGUAGACGGCACCCUGGACAGGGGCGCCUGAGCCACACCGGGCCGACCACCCGCGCCUGAUGCGGUGCUGACCCCGCGGCCACGGCGGGCUCGGAAGCCAUGUGGCCCAACAGCAGCGCGCAGGGGGCCUGCCUGCGGCCGGUGAACAUCUCCCUGCAGGAGCGGCGCGCCAUCGCGUCGCCCUGGUACUCGGCGUCCUUCGGCGCGCUGGGCCUGGGCUCCAACCUGCUGGCGCUGAGCGCGCUGGCCGGGGCGCGGGCGGGCGCGGGGCCCCGCUCGGCCUUCGCGGCCCUGGCGUGCGGCCUGGUGCUCACGGACCUCCUGGGGCUGUUGGUGACGGGCGCCGUGGCGGCGGCGCAGCACGCCGCCCUGCUGGACUGGCACGCCACCGACCCCCGCUGCCACCUGUGCCGCUUCAUGGGCGCCGCCAUGGUGUUCUUCGGCCUCUGCCCCCUGCUGCUGGGCGCCGCCAUGGCGGCCGAGCGCUCGGCGGGCAUCAUGCGGCCGUUCUGGCGCCCCGCGCCGCGCCGCCACGCGUGGGCCACCGUGGCGCUGGCGUGGGCGGCGGCCGGGGCGCUGGCGCUGCUGCCGCUGCUGGGGCUUGGGCGCUACAGCGUGCAGUACCCCGGCUCCUGGUGCUUCCUGACGCUGGGCGCGCGGCGCGGGGACCUGGCCUUCGGGCUGCUGUUCGCGCUGCUGGGCGCCGCCGCCGUGGCCCUGGCCUUCCUGCUCAACACGCUGAGCGUGGCCGCGCUCUGCCGCGUCUACCGCGCGCCCCCGGCCGCGCAGCGCCCGCGGGACAGCGAGGUGGAGAUGAUGGUGCAGCUCCUGGGCAUCAUGACGGUGGCCACCGCGUGCUGGAUGCCCCUGCUGGUCUUCAUCAUACAGAUCUUGCUGCAGGUGCCUCCCGUCACGAGCCCCUCCGGGCAGCUGUCGCGGGCCAAGGAGCACCAGCUGCUCAUCUACCUGCGCGUGGCCACGUGGAACCAGAUCUUGGACCCCUGGGUGUACAUCCUGUUCCGCAGGUCGGUGCUCCGGCGCCUGCAUCCGGGGCUCAGCUCACGGCUCUGGGCUCUGUUCUCGCCCCCGCCCCCAGCGCAGGUCCCAGCCCAGACCACGCCCAGCGGACCCUGAAGGACCGUCCCCUAGACCUCAGGUCCUUCGUGGCUGCUGCCGCCCGGGCCCGUCUCAGGAGCUCCAAGGCUCUAUGGACUAAGGAGGGUAGCCAUCAACAGGGGUCUCGCUGCUGUGAACCCCGAAGAUGCCUCCCUAUCAGCUAGGGGCCUGGGGCACGGAUGGGGAGCCCCACCCUGCCAAAGCCUGGAGCUCAAGCGUUACCGGCCCUGGGUGCUGGAAGCGCCCACCAUGGUCCCCACGGCCAGGUCUCGGUGGGGUCACCAACCCCUCCAUUGUUUGCUAGGCGCCCUCGCUCCGAGGCUGCCUAACACACGUGCUCAAUAAACGGUUGAAAGGCCAAGUGAUGGAGGUCAUGUA